AUGUACCCUGCUGGCAUCCAGUGUCGCCGAAUAUGUCUUCCAAUCAAUGUCUGGCAAGCGCUACAAAUUGUUUUUUUAAUAUUGACAACAGCAACUCUUGCUGCUACUAUUGCCACAACUAUUUGCUAUAGAUUCAAACGUAAUGCUCGAUUCUAUCUGGCCUUAUUAGCAUCGUUCAUUGCAUUACCUGCAGUUUGUAUUGGUCUCUCAAGUUUGUUUGUAUUUGGUUUUUCUGUAUAUAAUGUUCGAUUUUACCAAAAUGCUGAUCCAAAGCUUGACUGGUGUUUUUAUUUGAAUAUUGUCGCCGUUAUUCUAGCACUAAUUGGUUUCAUAUUAUUAUCCAUCUAUGAUUGUCUAGUAAAAAAACCUGUCAGAAAUGACAAUGAUACGGUAUUAAAUACACUUGAACACAUAGAUAAUUUUCAAUCGCCUAUAGGUCCUUUUUCCUAUCAAAUUGUGACACAAUCCAAAAAGAAAACAAGAGGAUUUAACGAUAAAAGAACAAAAUCAUAUAUUGUACGUCCAAUUCAACAACAUCUUCCUAUUUUAACACCAUAUUCAUCAACAGUAGCAGCAACAACAAACGAUAUUAAUCGUUCAACCUAUAUUACAAAUCAUCAACCAUUAUUAACACCGUAUACCUCAAAUAGUACAAGUGCAACUCAUAUUCAACAAUAUCAGUCACAAAUUCCUCAGGAUUAUUCUUAUCAACAAAAUACCCAUCGUUUAUUACCAUCUCAAUCGACGACACAAAUUAACCAAAUACACCCUAGACAACCACAACAAUUACAAUUACAAACACAAACAUUUGAACCUAGAUUAUCUGCUCGUCAAUCACCAUCAUAUCGACCAUCCUAUUGGCAUAAUACAAAACGAUCGAAUACAUCAAACGGUUAUCUAUCAGAACCUGAUUACGUUUCACGUGGUAUUAUGUAUUCACCAGGAAUAACGAUACAAAAUACACCAUUCCAAAAUCGAUAUAAUGGCAUUGUUGAACAACAAUUUUUAACACGUGGAAGCAGUGGUGCACCACCAAUACAUCGUGAACCACGUGUAAUGCAUUAUUAUACGGGUUUUGAUUAUUUCGCAGCCCUUGAUCCAACAGAUGAACGAGAACUAAAUGCGAGACGUUUAACAGUUAAUCCGUCGUAUAUUCAACAACAAGAGGAUUAUAUUGGAACAAUGUAG